CUAAAGCCCCUCCACAGUGGGCGGGUCUUAUCCAUAAGGUUUCUAAAGUAUAGACAGGUGCACCGCAUGCUCAGUUUGUCUCUCAAUGACAGAAAACCAAAGAUGUGCAGCCACAGCUCAGUAGGAAGUUCAGCUGCCAGUCGACAUGCCAUUGGCGAGCAUAGGGCGUAGGUGGAUAAGAGAUCUCACUCCGACGUUCUUUCACACCGGAAACACCUUUAGAAUCUUCGGCCUGUGAAAGCCACCGGGGCAGAAGGGGGUGUUACAGAGCCAAAAAAAAAGAAUCACCCUAGAAGAAGAACCAACAGGAAGCCGUGAAGUGAACCAGCAUGGAUGGUCUUACACAUGACACCAUGGCGACUUCAUCUAGCAGGAAGUGCUCUGCUAUCACUGGAAGUGCACGCAAAAUUAAAGACAACAUGGCUGACUGGCACAAUCUGAUGCUCAAAUGGGAGAAGUUGAACGACACUGGAUUCAACAUCAUCACAAACAUCAGCAACAUGAGACUUUCCCAGAGCAGCCAGUCUUCUUCAUCAUCCUCUUCAUUGGCUUCAGCCGAUACUGCUGCAGACCUGCAGGACCAAUGCAGCAAACUUCGGGAAAUUGUUGACAAAAUGGUUGCUAUUGUAAAAAAGAUGGAGCGUUUGAUGACAUCACAGCGAGGCCUUCAGGAUUUGGAGGACUUUCAGUUUGGACCUGAAGGCAGAAAAGUUCCGCUGUUUCACACAUGGAGCACACAGCAGUUUGUGGCGUCAUCCGACAUCCUCUGUGAAGCAUUCCAACAGGAAGUGAAACUGAAGCAAGUCGUCCUGCAGGAAGUGGCUCACAGCACGAACUCUGACCUCUGUACUGUCUAUCUGUCCUGCUGGUUACACCAGCCUUUUAUCCCUGCCCACGUUCGACAAACACUUGAAGCACUGCUGCUGGAGACUGGACAUCGCCCACUGUGAUGUGAUCACAUGUAUCAGCAGUGAGACUGGCAGCAUAUAGACUGGACUUGACUAUUAAUUCAGCAUACUGUUUAAGUUUAUUGGACAAACAUGAAAUGUGUUCAGUGAUCAAUACGUUUGACAUCAAUGUUUAUAAAAAGUAAUAAAAUAGUUUUCCACUUUUUAAA